AUGUUCGCUGUCGCCCAAGCAAUCGUCCGCAAAGGCCACAACGUCCACUGGCUUACAUCGCCCUCUCACGCCAAGCGCACCGCCCAAGUGCCCGUCGACGUGCGCCCAGAGUUUCACGCAACAAAGCACAUCUACAGCAUUGACCAGCCAUUGGAGAAAAAGGGGGAGACUGGCCUCUUGGAUGGGGACUACUCCCGGCUCCAAGGUCGACUCCUCGCUCAAGUCGAAGACUACCGCCGCGUGCUGCGCGAGAUAGGCGACAUUGAUGUCCUCGUCGUCGAUGUGAUGCCCUAUGGGGCACAAGCAAUGUAUGAGCUCGGGGAGAUCCCCCGAUGGGUCUCGCUGGGCGUCAUUCCCAUGUACACAUCAGGCAUGGACGCUCCUCUCGCCGUCUCGGGCCAAGCCCCUCCCACCAGCUAUCUUGGCCACUGCGUCAAUGCCCUUCAACAAUGGACCCAGCAGAAUCUGACCCUCCCGUACUCUCUCGCCCCUGUUGCCAAUACACAGCGUCGUCAGCUCGGACUCGCUGACCUUCCCCGUGGUCAACCGCUCGAGAGCUACUGGUACAGCCCCUUUCUCCACAUCCAAGCAUCCUCCUCUGCCCUCGAAUUCGACCAGAGGCCAGCAAACAAAACUCGUGUGGAGUUUGUUGGCCCGCUCUUUGCGCAAGGUAGUGUCGAAAAUGCGAACCAUGUACCCCUUGCGUGGGACGAAAUCGUCGCCCAUCCGCGUGUCAUUGGUAUAACCCAGGGCACCUUCACCAUGAACCCGACCUCACUCAUCAUUCCAGCCAUCAAGGCGCUGUCCGAGGACAAGCAGAACCUUCUUGUCGUGGUGUCGCCCUACGAACGCGAAAUCCGGGAGCAAAUCGACGUCCCAAGCAAUGUCCUCAUCAAGGAGUGGCUACCGUACGACUUCCUCCUCCCCCAAAUCCGCCUGUUCGUGACCAACGGAGGGUAUGGGAGUAUCACUCAGGCACUCUAUCACAAGGUACCGCUGCUUUGUGCCGGACAGACGGAGGACAAGAAGGACACGGCGGCCAGGGUGGCGUGGGCUGGGGCGGGCAUUGACCUCAAGACGGAUAGCCCGAGUGUGCAGCAGGUCAAGCAAGCAGCCGAGGCGAUCCUGGGCGACGAGAGGUACAUAGCGCGCGCGGCGAAGAUGGGUGAGGAACUGAAGGCUUUAGGGGGUGCCAAUGAGGCUGCGCGCCUGAUUGAGGAGUUUGCAAAGCAGGAGUAG